UAAUCUCACACAUAAACACUCUCCCUCCCAGUCUCUCAGUCAGUUGCGACAACAGGCUCUCCGAGGACGACACCACAAAGCAGCAUCGCUCGCACAGCCGCUACACACACACACACACACACACACACACACACACACACACACGCACACACGCGGAAGAGGGAGGAAGGAAGGAGCGCAGAGAAGAAGUGACCCGGAGGAAGUGGGAGAGGCAGCGGAGGUGGUCCUACCCAGCAGCCCCCGGCCCCCUGCUGAGCGGCCUGUGAGCUUCUGAGCACCCCUGCACCUGUGUGUGUGUGUGUGUGUGUGUGUGUGUGUGUGUGUGUGUGUGUGUGUGUGUGUGUGUGAGACCAUGCUGUGGACGCUGCUGCUCGCCCUGCUGCUGCUCCUGCUGCUGCAGACUCAGCUCUCGGUGUGUUUGAGGUUGAGGGGGCUACGCUCCGGGGCUUCGAGGUCGCCCGCCACCUCUUCCUCCUCCUCCUCCUCCUCCUCGUACAACGCCACCCAGCAGCGGCUGCCGGGGGCCAUCAUCAUCGGCGUGAGGAAAGGCGGCACCAGAGCCCUGCUGGAGAUGCUGAACCUGCACCCGGAUGUGGAGGUGGCCAAAGCCGAGGUGCACUACUUCAACGUGGAGGAGCACUACCGCCGCGGCCCGGCCUGGUACCGAGCCCAGAUGCCCUUCACCGCCGAGGGCCAGCUGACGGUGGAGAAGACCCCCGGGUACUUCGCCGCCCCGCAGGUUCCGGCCCGGGUGUGGGACGCCAACCCCGCCGUCCGCCUGCUGCUCAUCGUGCGCGACCCGGCCGAGAGGCUGGUGUCCGACUACACCCAGGUCCUGCACAACCGGCGCAGCCGCCACAAGCCCUACCGGCCGCUGGAGGAGCUCCUGCUCCGCGGGGGCCGGGUCGACCCCGGGUACAAGGCCCUGCAGAGGAGCCUGUACCACCAGCACCUGGCCCGCUGGCUGGACGUCUUCCCCCGGGACCAGAUCCACGUGGUGGACGGGGACGCGCUCAUCCGGGACCCCUUCCCCGAGCUGAGGCGGGCGGAGAGGUUCCUGGACCUGCCCCCCAGGAUCGACCCCCACAACUUCUACUACAACGCCACCAAGGGCUUCUACUGCCUGCUGUCCGCCGGACACGACAAGUGCCUGGACGAGUCCAAAGGCCGGCGGCACGCCCCGCUGAGCGGCGCCGCCCUGCAGGAGCUCUGCCGCUACCUCCGGGAGCCCAACCAGCUGUUCUUCCAGAUGGUGGGCAGGUCCUUCUCCUGGUGCUGACCGGACGCCGUCCGGACGCCGUCCAGACUCUGCAGGCUCGUCCAGGGACUCGGGACUCGGGAGGCGGGGACGCCUCGUCCUGCUGGUUCCCUCUCAGGUGGAGGACUGACGUCCUCGGUCCAGCUGUCCGGCACGGCGGCUCCUCUUCGGAGGGAUCCACCGUGCCUCGGGGCGCUGGGGGUCAGAGGUCACUUCCAGGUGACGUGCAGACACAGGUUCCUGGAUUCCAUGGUUGCACUAUGAACUCUGAUCGUACAGAGAACUGCCCAGGUUCAGUGUGAACACACACACUCUGGUUCGUCUUUCUGCUUUAGUCCCUCAGUGUUCUAGUUUAGACACUCUACUUUCCUCCCGUUCUGUUAGCUAGUUGCUGAAAUAUCUUUUUCAUGAGCUGGUUUGGGUUUUCUUCUCAUGCUGAAAGCUGAUGUUUGUGUUUUUUAGAGACGGUUCUUCUAAUAAAUGUUUCCACUCA